CAAAACCCAAAGCUCACUUUUUCUUUCCAAUGUUCAUUUGACUUCUCCAGUAAUGUGCAAGAAAUGCUAUCUAUAGUCUUAAGUUUAAACGCUAAGCAGACCCCUUUGUCUGAGCUUUACCUUUCUUUCAUCUCUCUCUCUCAUAUUUUUUUUCAUUUCCACCGAGAAAGAAAGUGAGUGAAAACUAGCUCUUUCACUCACUUUCUGAAUUUGGCAUAUCGGACUCUUUUGAGAGGAAGGCAUAAUGUUGAAGACAUUUGUUAACCUCAUUGUUCUUUGCAGCCUUUUCUUGGCAGCUGUUGUAUCCUCAAAGCACCACGGGAACCCAGCAGAUGAUCUUGUUGAACUCAUCAACAUGAACCGAACAGCUCAUAAGCUUCCUGAAUUAAGUAAUAGUCCUGGCCUGGGGUGCGUUGCCCUGCAGUGUGCAGAGGAAUGUCAAGCUAACUGCACUAGUGAUAAUGCCAUAAAUUGUCACCCUUCCGCAGAUGAUUUUACUGAAAUCUUUGCUCCCAAUUGUGGUGUGGAGCUGCCAACUUUUGGAACCAUAACUGGCCAUGUUGUUGGCUGUCAUCACAAAGAUCUCACGCCUUCAGAAGCCUUCUCAAAAGUGCUUUUCCGAGACAAAAAAUCUUUCUCCCUUUUGGGAAACAGAUCACAUAACGAAGUAGGAAUUGGCAUAUUUCGAGCCCAUAAGCACAAAGGUCCCUAUUUGUGGUGUGUUUUAUUUAGCAGUAGUCAAACAAAUACCACGUUUGUUCUUGAUGAUCUUGGGAGAGGGAUCAAGCAGAAAAAAGGAUGUUACAGCGGACUAAGCGAUGCUUGCAGCAGACAAAAUCGAAAUACUGAUCAAGCUUCAUAUGUCAACAUCUGUGUCAUGUUAUUCAUCAUAUUUUUUCUGUCAACAAGCGUACGAUAAUUUUCAUUAAGAGAUGCUGAUAAUUGUGAUACUUGUUUUGGAUGAAUUAGAACCUAAAAGUAGUUGCUUUUCUCGACUUUAA